AUGCGGGUGCGCCUGGGCGCGCUGGCCGGCUCGGCGGCGCUCACCGGGGCGCUCAGCUUCGUGCUGCUGGCGGCCGCCAUCGGCACCGACUUCUGGUACAUCAUUGACACCGAGCGGCUGGAGAGAAGCGGCCCCGGCGCGCAGGACCCGCUGGGGACAGCCAACCGCAGCCAGCCCGAGUCUCUGAGCUCGCACUCCGGGCUCUGGCGGACUUGCCGGGUGCAGAGCUCGUGCACCCCGCUGAUGAACCCCUUCUGGCAGGAGAAUGUGACAGUCAGCGACUCCAGCAAGCAACUUCUCACUAUGCACGGGACGUUUGUGAUUCUGCUGCCGCUCAGCCUGAUCCUGAUGGUUUUCGGGGGGAUGACGGGGUUUCUGAGCUUCCUCCUCCAAGCCUACCUCCUCCUGCUGCUCACUGGGACCCUCUUCCUCUUCGGAGCCUUGGUGACGCUCACUGGCAUCAGUGUCUACAUCGCCUACUCGGCCGCUGCCUUCCGCGAGGCGCUGUGUCUGCUGGGGGAGCGGGCGCUCCUGGACCAGGUGGACAUCCGCUUCGGCUGGUCGCUGGCCCUGGGCUGCAUCAGCUUCGUCUCGGAGCUGUUCACUGGGGUGGCCUUCAUGGUGGCCGCGCGUGUGCUCAGCCUGCGGCGGAGGCAGGACCAGGCCAUCUGA